AUGGAUGCCUCUGAAAUAAUGACUCUCUCCUCUCCUUCUUUGGCUGGAAAAGCAUUGAAACUCACCGGCUUCACCUCAAAGAAUCUCGGCGAAGGCAGGUUCACCAUGAGAAGCACCUUGUCUCGGCCCAGGCAAUCCAAAAUAGGUAGCCCAUGGUAUGGUCCUGACUGUGUCAAGUACUUGGGUCCUUUCUCCGGCCAGCCUCCGCCCUACCUCAUCGGUGAAUUCCCUGGUGACUAUGGCUGGGAUAGUGCCGGGCUCUCUGUUGAAUUAGAGACCUUCGCCAAGAACUAUGAGUUUGAGGUCAUCCAUGCCAGAUGA